AUUAGUUUUAAAAAAAGUUGUUCAGUAAAACAGAUCAAGUUGUUAAAUUAAAAUGAUGUCAAAAACUGUAUUGAUGAUUUUUAUUGUUGAAUUGCUCUUCACAGUCGUAUUAAUGGAGAAUUCAAUGGCAGAUUGCGGAGCAUCUAAUACACAUUGUAGUAAAAAUAGUGACUGCUGUUCUAAUGAGUGUUCGCCGACAGGGAUUACUAAUAUCAAUGUUUGCACGAAAAAACCGAAAAUAUAUCGUAGAUCUGCGGUGACAGAACGAAUUUGUUCACCAGCCCGUCAAGUUUGUUUAGGUAACAGCGAGUGUUGUUCCAAAUGGUGUUUUGUGACUAGAUCAAAUAUGAUGGGCAUUUGUAUGGGAAACUAAAGAUGCCUUUUACAUCAUAAAGAGGAAUUAAAAACAAAUAUUAUUGUUUGAUUGUAUUCGAUUAAUAAAUGAAAUAUGUAAUAAUAUAAUAAAGAACAUUUUA